AUGUCCACUUUGAAUGUUUUAAGAUACUCCUUUCUAGGGUUGGGUUUAUUAGUAGGUUUAAAAACCGAUAUUGGAUUAAGAUGUCAAGCAAAGAAGGAUAAUGAAUUAAGGGAAUAUCAAUCUAAGGUUGACUUAAUUGAGGAAGCCAAAGCUGCUUAUCAAAAAACUCUACCUAAAAAGAAGGAGAAUGCUGUUUCUGGUUUCACUCUUGAUAAAUUGGAAGACCCAAACAUUGACUUUUCAGCUGUUAUUUUGAACUCUGUUGAAUCUUUGAAAUAA